AUGGGGAAUGCCAAAAGCAGUGCUAUGUCCAAGGAGAUCCUGGAGGAUCUCAAACUCAAUACCAAAUUCACAGAGGAUGAACUGGCACAGUGGUACGAGAACUUCAAGAAGCAGUGCCCGUCCGGCCGUAUCACACCAGAAGAGUUUAAAAAGAUCUACGAACGCUUUUUCCCAGAAAGUGACGCCACAUCAUACGCCCAACACGUCUUCCGCUCCUUUGACACGAACGAUGAUGGAACAUUGGAUUUCAAGGAAUACAUUAUCGCUCUACAUAUGACAUCAACUGGAAAGACGGAGCGGAAGCUGGAGUGGGCCUUUUCACUCUUCGAUGUUGACAAGAACGGAUACAUCACCAAGGCAGAAGUGACAGAAAUCUGCCAGGCUAUCUUUAAGCUGAUCCCCAAAGAGGACCAAGAGAAUCUUCCAGCAGACGAGAACACUCCUGAGAAGAGAGCAGACAAACUGUGGUCGUACUUCGAUAAAAAAGAAAAUGAACGACUGGCUGAGGGUGAGUUUAUUCAAGGUGUUCUUGAAAACGAAGACGCUAUCCACCUUAUUCAGUAUGAGCCCAAAAAGUAACAAUAAAACAAGAAUAAUAACAUUGUAUUUUUAUUGUCAUAUUGUUUCCUUUUGUGCUUCCCCCUUUUCUUGUUUUCAUUUUGUUUGUUUUUUAGCACAUUAAUUUUGUCAAUAUCUGAAAGCCCAUUAACUGCAAUAUUUUGAGUUGUGACAGAUGGAGUGAGGAUAGUGAUUAUUAUUAAAGGUUGUAAACUGAUAGUAAAGUGUCACUUCUGGGAACAUACUAAUGUGUUGAAAUGUGUGAAAAAUGUAGACUUUCUGACGGAUGAAAUUAUAACGAUACUCUUGAGCUGUAAGCAUUUUUUUUUCUUUAUGAAUUGAAA